AUGAAGGCUGGAGCUCCUCGAAAAUUGGGAUACAGAACUCGUACCCAUGUGGUGGCCUUGUGCGCAACAUUCCUUUCCCAGUUGGUCCCCAAUCCAUCGCGAAUGGGAAGUCCUGAAGAGUUUGGUGCACUGGUGCAACAUAUCAUCCAGAAUCGCUAUUUGAAUGGAGAGGUGAUCCGUCUUGAUGGUUCGCUUCGUAUGCCGCCGUAA